UUAACCAGGAAGUGUAUAUUAGCGGAUUCACCCAUGCUUGUGAUCAAAGUUAUGUUAUACACGUAGCUAUGCUAUUGCGAAAUUGAAUUAGAGAAAUGUCUUCAAAGAAAAACAAAAGCAAAGUUAGGAGAGUCAUUGAAGGUGACAACUCAAGCGGACUGAGAGAUGGCUCCAGUGACUCAACUAGUUUGCAAAGCUCGGGGCACGAGGGGGGAGGCAGCAAGAAUCCCAACUCGUUCACUGUCAUUGAAUUCAUUGAGAAAGCGGAUGAUAAGCUUUCCAAAAGAUGCAGAGCAUUCCUUGUCCAGCUGAGCAUAAAUGCAAUGAAGUCUGGUAACAUUUGCAUUGGAAGACCAGUCCUAUUGUCGAGCAAUACUGGGCAACAAGAGGUGUGUCUGGCCUGGCCGGCAGCGUCUUUCCCUGGCGGUAAAGUUGGCCUACUGAAAAGUACUCAGAACAGCCUGAAAGUGAAGCCUGGGGAUGGAGUUACUGUUCAUCCCCUGACAGGACCUGUGCUACAGGCAGAAGAGGUGCUUCUCUCCACCAGACUAAAGGAUGAUGCGCUCAAUUCGGAGGAAUUCAGUAACUUCUUCCUCCGAUCUUUGGAUGGAAAGAUCCCACUCCCUGGAAACUUCCUAUCCCUGACGUACUUUGGGCGAGCGUGCAGUCUGCGGGUGGAGCGGGUGAAAGGGGUGGACGGCCUCUCCCUAGAGAGACCCCCGCCUUCCCCGGGACUGGAGCCUGAUCCGGAGGACACCUCUCUGAUGAGCUCUGCCCUGGGCUCCACCUCCAUGGACCUGUCUCUGCAGCUCAGCUUCCUGACCAUGGAGGAGCAGGCCGGGGAUCCGCGGGAGCCUGGUCCUGCAGCCAGUACUCCCUGCAGGCCCUUUUGUGUGCCAUGUGUCCCCCCAACUCCCCCCUGCAACCCCCAGACUUCCACUGAGCCCAAGGAGGGCAGCCUCAGUCUGGAGAUGGAGGAUAGGAGUGCCCUCAGCCCAGAGCAGACCAACACAGACAAACACUUGACUACUCCCCCUGGUGGAGCUCUGAGCACUGACACCUUCUACUGCCUCUCCUUUUCCACUAAGGUGAAGUUCAGAGACAGAUACAAAGAGGCUCAAGAGGAGCAGAUGGAGGAUACAGCGGCCCAGAGGUCAAAGGUCACAUAUAGUAUGAUUGGAGGCCUCAGCAGCCAGUUGAACGUCAUCCGAGAGACCAUUGAACUGCCUCUCAAACACCCAGAGCUCUUCUCCAACUACGGAAUCACACCUCCUAGGGGAGUUCUCCUUUAUGGCCCCCCAGGAACAGGAAAGACUAUGAUUGGACGAGCCAUAGCCAAUGAGGUCGGUGCACACAUGACUGUAAUCAACGGUCCAGAAAUCAUGAGCAAGUUUUAUGGAGAAACAGAGGCCAGACUGAGACAGAUAUUCACAGAAGCCUCUCAAAGGCAACCUGCAAUCAUUUUCAUCGAUGAGUUGGAUGCGCUCUGUCCCAAGCGAGAGGAGGCUCAGAAUGAGGUGGAGAAGCGCGUUGUGGCCUCCCUCCUCACUCUCAUGGAUGGGAUUGGUUCAGAGGGCCAUUCAGGCCAACUGCUGGUCCUAGGGGCCACCAACCGGCCCCACGCCCUGGACCCCGCCCUCCGCCGGCCCGGACGCUUCGACAAGGAACUGGAGGUGGGCGUACCAAGCGCGGCGGAGCGUGCGGACAUCCUACGGAAGCUGCUGACCUCUGUGCCCUGUAGGCUGACCCCCGACGAGGUAACCCAGCUAGCGGACGGCGCUCAUGGAUAUGUCGGGGCAGACCUGGCCGCCGUCUGCAAGGAGGCAGGGCUGCAUGCAUUAAGGCAUGCUCUCGGGAGUGGCUCCCAGCCAUCAGACCUCCAAUUGAUGGGGACAGUGACGGUCACCCUCCAGGACCUCCAGUGGGCCAUGUCAGAGGUCAAACCAAGUGCCAUGAGGGAGGUGGCCAUCGAUGUCCCCAAGGUUCGCUGGUCGGACGUGGGAGGCAUGGAGCAGGUGAAGCUGAAACUGAAGCAGGCGGUGGAGUGGCCCCUCAGACACCCUGAGGCCUUCACCCGCAUGGGCAUCCAGCCCCCUAAAGGUGUGCUCCUCUACGGGCCCCCAGGCUGCUCCAAGACCAUGAUCGCCAAGGCUCUGGCCAAUGAGAGCGGACUCAACUUUCUCGCCAUCAAGGGUCCAGAGUUACUGAGUAAAUAUGUAGGGGAGUCUGAGAGAGCUGUCAGAGAGUUGUUUAGGAAGGCCAGAGCUGUCGCACCCUCCAUUGUGUUCUUCGAUGAGAUUGACGCUCUUGCUGGAGAAAGAGGAAGCUCCUCGGGGUCUGGUGGCGUAGGGGACCGGGUCCUGGCCCAGCUCCUGACAGAGAUGGACGGCAUCGAGCAACUCAGGGACGUCACCGUGCUGGCCGCCACCAACCGUCCCGACAUGAUAGAUAAGGCCCUGAUGCGUCCGGGUCGACUGGACCGGAUAGUGUACGUCCCUCUACCGGAUGGCCCCACGCGACGGGAGAUCUUUGCGCUGCAGCUCCGCAGCAUGCCCGUGGACCAGGACAUGUGUCUGGAUGACCUGGUGACCCGAACGGAAAAGUACUCCGGAGCAGAGAUAACGGCAGUAUGCAGAGAGGCUGCCCUGCUGGCCCUGCAAGAGGACAUCAAAGCACAGCUCAUCAUGGGGAGACACUUUGAAAGCGCCCUGAACACCGUGAAGCCUCGAGUUCCAGACUCUCUCAUCCAGUCGUAUAUCAACUAUCAACAGCAACACGGCCUGCGCUUCUUCUGACGUCGGCGUGGAAAAAUUCCAAACCUGCGAGAGGAGUCUUUGCUAGAAUAAGCAGUAGGCCUACAGGACCGACUGCAUGUGGUUACUGUAAAUGCAGUUAUCCACUGAAGUCGCAAAGGUUUCCAAAUGGACAUUACAUCAGUGAAUAGGCGGCAGCGUUUACCAAACUCGGUCCCGGGGACCCCAAGGGUUGCACAUUUUAGUUUUUUUGGUUCCAUAGUACUACACAGCUGAUUCAAAUAAUCAACUCAUUAUCAAGCUUUGAUUAUUUGAUUCAGCUGUGUAGUGCUAGGGCAAAAAACAAUAUGUGCCCUUGGGGUCCCCGGGACCGAGUUUGGGAAACACUGGAUUAGGGGGAAACAAUAGGCGAGAAUAGCCCAUGUGAUUGAACCAUUAUGCUACUUUGUAAUGUGCUCAUUUAUUCUUGGUCACCAAAAAUAACCCAAAUUCUCAACAAAAUUGUUAUUUACAAACCUGUGCUCCCUGAAAUGCAAUACUAGGCUACAAUGUAAUAAAUUAAUUGUUUCUCUA